UUUAUAGGGUUAAUGAUAUCCCAGAAGUUAUGACUAUAAAACAUAUUUGAACUAUAUUCAUUUGCAUAUGUUUGUCAGUUGUAAUCAGUUUGUGUCUUAUGUGGUGUAAAACGAUCCUGUCAGAGUGUGUGAGGUCAGAUCAUAUUCUGGCAGCUCAUUUAGUCAGUAAUAUGUGAUUGUUUAUGAGAUCUAGAUCUCGUCAGCGGUUAUGAAGAAUAGAUGAGUUGUGCUGUAAUAUAUAUGGACAGUAUGAAGUGUGAGCUGAUACACAGCCGUCGACAAUGAUCAAAUCAAAUCAGAAACACUUGAAAGAAUUGGCAAAACUAACAGUCUGAGGAACUUUAUUUUAUUAUUAUUUUUUAAACUAUUGUGUAUUUCACUGGUCGUAUGUAGGGUCGCGGGUAUUAUUAAAUAAGUUGUAAUAAUAAUAAAAAAAUCGAAUUUAUUUAUUUUAUGCUGGAACGAUAUUUUGAAAUAAAUGCCCGUGAGCAGAAAGCGAGUCACUUCCGGUUCCGGCAUCGCUUGUUGUUUCUCUCCGAAUCGACUCUCAAAGAUUCAUUCGAUUCGCUUGAUGAAUAUACGUGCUUGUUCAAAACAAACGAAUGACUGAAUCGAUUCCCUGUCGGAAAUGACUCCCAACAGCAACUUCGUCUUGUGUAGUUCAGUUCGGAAAAGAAGAAACGCGGCACGAGGAAAGUAGUUUAAUGUAAAGACUAAAAGUGUGUCUUUUGCAGUGGUUUGAGGCGAUCUUUGAGGUGAACUGAAGCAGGCCGCGUUAUUGUGAGUCGUGUUGAGCGUGUAAGAUGUCUCUGGAGGAGUAUGAGAGGCAUUACGCCUCUUUAAAUUCAGAGUCUGGAUGCGAAUCUGUCAAUGGAAGAUCGUCAACAUCUGGGACUUACGGCGGAGAAGAGGAGAAGCUGCAUUACAUUCCCAUUCGAGUGCUGGGAAAGGGCGCGUUUGGAGAAGCGACUCUGUACAGACGCACUGAGGAUAACUCUCUGGUGGUGUGGAAGGAGAUCGACUUGAACUGCCUGUCGGACAAGAAGCGCGGAGACGUGAUGAACGAGAUCAGCAUCCUGUCCAUCCUUCAGCACCACAACAUCAUUGCAUACUUCAACCACUUCAUGGACAAAAACACACUGCUGAUCGAGCUGGAGUACUGCAACGGUGGAAACCUUUAUGAAAAGAUCAACCAGCAGAAAGGAGCGCUGUUCAAAGAGGACGUUGUCGUAUGGUACUUGUAUCAGAUCGCCGCAGCUGUCGCUCAUAUACAUAAAGCCGGUGUCCUCCACAGGGACAUCAAAACGCUGAACAUCUUCCUCACCAAAACCAACCUGAUCAAGCUGGGGGAUUAUGGGUUGGCCAAGAAGCUGGACUCACAGUAUUCCAUGGCUGAAACUUGUGUCGGGACUCCAUACUACAUGUCUCCUGAGCUGUGUCAAGGAGUCAAGUACAACUUUAAAUCGGACAUCUGGGCCAUGGGAUGUGUCUUAUUUGAGCUGCUGACCCUCACCAGGACUUUUGAUGCCACGAAUCCUCUGAACCUGUGUGUGAAGAUCGUGCAGGGCAACUGGACGAUGGAGAUCAACUCGGACGUUUACACGUCUGACCUCAUCAGGCUGGUGUACGAGUGUUUAGAUCAGGACCCUGAGAAAAGGCCGACAGCGGAGCAGAUUUUAGAGCGGCCCGUCAUCUCUCGAGUGAGAGCAGAGCUGGAGGAGAGGGUUGCAACGCUUAAUUCAGCCAUCAAGAAACCCAAGCUGAGCACAGCGACGGAGACGUCAGUGGCGGUGGUGACGACGCGCUCGCGCGAGGUGUAUUUCUGGGGCGGAGGCAAGUUCACCCCUCAGAAGCUGGACAUGUUUAAGGGAGGCAGCAGUGCGCAGCACGUCUGCGCUGGAGAAACGCACUUCGCAGUGGUUACUGUCGAGAAGGAGCUCUACACUUGGGCUAGCGUUCAGGGAGGAGCGAAGAUGGUGGGCCAGCUGGGUCACGGUGACCAGGCCUCGUACCGGCAGCCACGGCGCGUGGAGCGUCUGCAGGGCAAAGCCAUCAGACAGGUGUCCUGCGGGGCCGACUUCACCGCCUGCGUCACCGACGAGGAUCAGAUGUACAUGUUCGGCUCGGACUAUUACGGCUGCCUGGGAGUGGAGAACGAACACGGCAUGGAGGUGCUGGAGCCGGUCCUGCUGGAGUUCUUCCAGGAGCGUCCCGUCAAACAGGUGUCCUGCGGGGACAAUCACGUGGUGGCGCUGACUCAGAGCGGGGACAUCUACUCCUGGGGCUGUGGAGAGCACGGUCGACUCGGUUUGGACUGCGAGGAUGAUUUCUCCUCUCCAAUGCAAGUGGAGGCUCCUAAAGGCGGCCUCAUCAACUCCGUGUUCUGUGGCAGCGAUGGAACCUUCUUCCUCACGGUGUCUGGGAAGGUUUUAGCCUGCGGGAACAACGAGCUCAACAAACUGGGUCUGAAUCAAGGCAUCACUGGAAUCAAAAACCACUCGGGAGAAAGUUAUCAGGAGAUCCCGUACACCACCACACUCACGUUGGUCAAGCAGCUCUCGCGCUUCAAGAUCCAGUUCAUCUCUCCGGGAAAGGCCCACACCGCCGCCAUAGACGAGCGUGGCCGUCUGAUGACCUUCGGCUGUAACAAGUACGGGCAGCUGGGAGUCAAAGACUUCAAGAAGCACCAGCGUGUUCAGAUUCUGGUGGGGCCCUUCGGAGGGAAGGUCGUCACCAAGGUGUCGUGUGGAGACGGAUUCACCAUCGCCGCCACAGAGGAUAACCAGAUCUUCGCGUGGGGGAACGCAGGGAACGGCCGUCUGGGGAUGCCGGCCGAUAAAGGCUUCGGCUCCGAGGUCUGUCCGGCUCUUCCUCGCCCCAUCUUUGGCUCCUUACACCACGUGCCGGAUCUGUCCUGCAGGGGCUGGCACACCAUCCUCAUCAUGGAAAAAGUCCUGAACUCAAAAACCAUCCGUUCAAACAGCAGUGGACUGUCUAUUGGAAGUGGUCAGUGCUCGACCUCCUGUGUGGAUCUGGAGACGGACUCGGCCACAGACUCAGAGCUGCGUGAGGGGAUGCUGGGAGGAACCGUGGAGGCCGAUCUGAAUGACAGAGGUCUGGAGGCGCCCAUCUUCUCCAUAGACGGAAAGACCGGCGAGAGCUCCUGCCCCUCAUGGCUGCGCAAGGAGCUGGAUGACGCGGAGUUCAUCCCCAUGCCGAACGAAUCCGGAGACUCCAUCGAGCCGCUGGCGUCCUCCUACACCAAGAGCGCCACGCUGCCGUACGAGGAGCUGGACCAGCUCAAAGCCGCCACCGCCACCGCCACAGGAAAGAGUCUGAUGCCGACGGCGUGUGUGGAUUACGAGCGGAUGAACGGCGUGGAGACGAGCCGAUCUGAUCAGAGCUGCUGUGGAGCGAGCGUCGAGCUGGCACACCUCAGAGAAACAGUGAACCGGCAGGAAGCUCAAAUCCAGCUGUUACAGAAGCAGUUCAGCGAUCAGCAGAAGGAGAACGAGAGACUGUGGAAGGCCAUUCAGAGCCUCCGAGCAGACGCUGAGCUGCAGGACGUCAGUCAGAGCCGUGAGGAAGAGUGAGAAUCACCGUCAGUAGUUAUCAGUGCGUACGGUGAGUAUGCUAGAGCUAAAGGGGUUCGCCAAAAUCACCAGUGCCUUUUCAGAACAGCCAAAGACUCUCAUGCUGCUAAUGUCAAGCCAAAGCCUUCCUGAUCUUUACUGCUGUGUUCGAUGUGUGUGGCGGCACCGGCGUCAACAGUGUGUGGGAUGCGUUUAAUCGAGUAACGGCAGAGCAAUCGUGAGACGAUCCUCCAAGAAUGAAUGUAAGGAAAGUGUCAUAAACCGGUCGGUUCAGUCCAUGUGACGUGGGAUUUGCUUUCAUAAUGAACAUUUAGUUUCACAUGUUUUCAAAGCAGCUCUUUUAAAGAGAUGAACUGUUAACUCUUUCCUCACCAGUGUUUUUUUGGGGUUUUUUUUUAAAGUCAGCACCAGCAUUUUUGAUCAUUUUCACAAACCUUUCAUGGCCCACAGUAUAUUUUGUUGUAUGGAUAUCUGAACAUGCAAUAUAUCAAACAAACCCAUUUUAUUUUAGCUUCAUGCUCUCUUGAAUGUGGCAAAGUUUCAUAAAAAGCAGCAUUUUGAACAAAAAGCUGAGAAAAUCAAGUCUACAGUGUUUCUGCUGCUGCUUCGCCCGUGUUUUGAUCUGGAGAUUCUUUCAGAAGAUGUGUAAUAGCGCCCCCUUCUGUAUAACGGUGGAAACAUGCCAUUCUGUCAGCGGCGGGGAAAGAGUUAAGCUCUGUAUGUGUCAGUGUUAAUGUCAGUGCACACUUGUUAUUCUCACAGGUUUCAUCUUUCCUAUGCAAGCAGGUCGAAUGCAACUGAUGUAUUUCAGUCAAAGGUUUUAUAAGCAAACUUUAAAGCUACUUCAUGUAUGAAUGUGAAGCCAAAACACGCGUUAUGGGAUGGGACACGUAUGCAUGUCCUGUUUCUGCUGAGAUGUGCAACUAAAGACGCUGUGUGCCUUAAAUCACAUGAUAUCCGAGUCAUGCGUACACGUGUCAAAACUACUGAAUUUAUUGCUUUUUGUUGUAUUUCUGGAGUAUUCUUGCUUAUUUUGUGUACAUUGCCAAAUAUAGCGACACCAAGUGCUUUGUGCAGAGGUUAACCGCAGCACGUCCACAUGAGCUCUGAGACUGUAGACCGUAUCCAGAUCGGCAGCUCACGUGUUCUCGUUCUUCUGCCUCUCUCCGGCCACUUUGACAUUGACAUUGACAUUCGCAUGUUUUUGAAGCAACUGCAACCAGAUAUGUUUUUGUUCUUCGUGUCUAUCUUAUCUGGAGAUUGGUUUUUUUUCCCCCAUUUUCUAUACUCUGAAACUGUAUCAUAUAAUUAUGGGACUUGCUCUUGAGGUGUUUUUAUGCUUUGUACACUCAUAUCAGACACUGACUGAUGCACAUUUUUAAUAAAAUGAAAAUUAAAAAGUUGAACAAAAUCUCA